AUGGCAAAGGAAGCUGGCGGAAUACAACAUCUUGGUUUUAAUCAUAUUGAUUUGAAGAACUAUUUGAGAACUAAGAGGACUUUGGAGAUUAAACAAGGAGAUAGUGGAGGUGUUUUGCAAUAUUUACAAAGGAUGACAAGUGAAGAUCCACAUUUUUACUAUGCUAUUCAAUUGGAUGUGGAAGAUCUAAUUACCAAUAUAUUUUGGACCGAUGGUAGAAUGAUACAAGAUUUUGGUCAUUUUGGUGACGUUGUUUGUUUCGAUACGACAUACAGAAAACAUCGAGAUGGCAGACCAAUUGCUUUGUUCGUCGGUGUAAAUCAUCAUAAACAAACAACUGUGUUCGGUGCAGCAUUAUUAUACGACGAAACAAUUGAAACCUUUGAAUGGUUGUUUGAUGCGUUUGAAGAUGCUAUGAUGGGAAAGAGACCAAAAACCAUUUUAACGGAUCAAGAUCAAGCAAUGAGCGCUGCUUUAGCUUCCAAGUGGCCAUCAACUUACCAUCGUUUGUGUGUUUGGCACAUUUUUCAGAAUGCAGCAAUUCAUCUUUCCAAUGUUUUUUCGAGUUUCGAGAAUACCUUUGCAGCUGAUUUUAGUCGUUGUGUGUACGACUUCGAAGAAGAAUCAGAAUUCCUUGAUGCAUGGAAUGGAAUGUUGGAGAAAUACAACCUGCAAGAUAAUCAAUGGUUGAAGAGAAUGUUUUCUCUAAGAGAAAAAUGGGCUUUAGUUUACGGAAGAAACACAUUUUGUGCUGAUAUGGUUUCUACACAACGAAGUGAGUGCAUGAAUGUUGUUGUGAAGCAUUAUGUAAAUUAUAAAAACAAUAUUGUCGAGGUGUUCCAUCAUUUUCAAAGGUUGAUAGAUGAUCGCCGUGAGAAAGAGUCGGCAGAAGAUUUCAAGAAUGCUCAAAGUUCACCUGUUAUGACAUUUCCAUUGGAAAUUCUGAAGCAUGCGGUUGCCGUAUAUACACAUAAGAUAUUUGCAUUGUUUAGUGAGGAGUUGAGGAAGGCAAUUGAAAGCAAGAUUGAAGGUGAGAGUCAACUUGGAACUUCUGUGAUAUAUAAGGUCAGGCCAAUUCAUCGGACUAAUGAAUAUAUAGUCACAUAUGAUUCCAUCGAAGGUUCCAUUUUUUGCAGCUGUAGGAAGUUUGAAUUCUCGGGUAUUUUAUGCUCACAUACUCUAAGAAUCUUAACAUUUAUGAAUGUUGUUCAAAUACCCGAUGAAUAUAUCUUAAAGCGAUGGACCAAACAUGCUAAGGGUGGAACAUCAAGAGUUUGUGAUGUAGGAGUUGGCAUUGUUGAUGAAAAAACAAGAAAGAAGCAGCGGUAUAAAGAGUUAUGUAACUCUUUCAUGCGUGUGGCAAUAAAAGCAGCUGAGAGUGAAGAUAGCUAUACUUCUGCUUUAGAUUGUCUCUUGAAAAUGGAAAAUAGUGUGGAUGGAAUGAUAGGGAAGGCAAAUACUGUACCAAUUGAGGCAAAGGACGGAGAUGUUGCAGUUGAUGAUGAAACCAAUGAAAGUCAAAUUAAAGGCUUGAAACCGAAAGGGAGAGUUACAUACCAUUCGAGUAAGAGGCCGAAAAAUGCUUUGGAACAAGCUAUUAGUAGAAAACGAAAACCAAAGCCGAAAGCAACAAAGAGUGGUUCGCAACAUGCUUCUUCUAUGCAGGAAUCCGAAGAGACUACACUCAUUAAUGAUGAUUACUGGAACGUGACAUACAGUGUUUUUGAUCCUCAAAGUACAUCAUAA